UUCAGAUUUCAGUAAUCAGUAUUCACUAUUCAUAGUUUAAUACAAUUUACAACCUGUACUGUAUUAUGAUUUAUGUUUAUCGACGCUAUUGUUUCAAAUAAGCGGUGAAGGCUCGAUAAUUAAUAUACUUUUGUGGUAACUAGUUAAAUAGCUUUAAUUUCAAUAAACACAUACUCUAUUAUUACUGGAUUGAUAUUUUAAUUUAUAUUAUGGCUGCCCCUAUGGAACGUAUACAAGCACUAGAAGUAAUAGAAAAGGAUAUAAUUACUUGUUUACAAAGUGCUGGCCAAGCUUUGUUAGAGCUUAGUAAAGAGAAGUCCAGUUUGAAGCAAGUAGAAAAUCAGUCUCAUCAAUUCUUAAAAAGCUUAGGAAGUGUAGAAUCUAAACUCACUGAUCAAAUAAACUAUCUAACUCAAGUAUCUACGGGUCAGCCAUAUGAAAAUAGCGGCUAUGCAUCACAAAAAGUUUUGCAAAUGGCAUGGCAUCGACUAGAACAUGCUCGUAGUAGAGUCAAAGAGUUGGAGCGGUCAAAGAUUAAAUAUAUGCAAGACCAAGAUCAAAUGAAAGGAAAUGCUUCUAAUCUUAUGUAAUGCUGUGUUUUGUAUUAAGUCAUAACAUUAGCUCAUCAACAAUGAGAAACCAUUGUAAUCAAAUCGUUGAUGGGUUAAAUUUAUUUUGUAUUUAUAAUACUAUCAAUUAAGUUAAUAUAUAGUUUUGCUUUUUAUCAUUAACUGUAAAUAAUGAGAUCAUUAAAAUUUUAAAUAAAUACAAUUUUUAUUUAAC